UUAGGUCUAAGAGAAUGCCCAGAUGAACUCCGAAUAGUGCUGCUGGGGAAGACUGGAGUUGGGAAGAGCUCUACAGGAAACACCAUCUUAGGGAGAAAAGUGUUCCAGGCAGAAGCAUCUGCUGAAUCAGUUACUAGCACGUGUCAGAGAGAGGUAGCUGAAGUCAAUGGGAAGUACAUUACAGUGAUUGACACUCCAGGGUUCUUUGAUACUGAUCUUAGUAAUGAAGAGAUCCAGAGAGAAAGCUCUAACUGCAUCUCACUGGUACUACCAGGCCCACAUGUGUUCCUCUUGCUGGUACAAGUGGGGCGGUUUACUGCAGAGCAGAAACAAGCAGUAGACGUCAUUCAAAGCACUUUUGGUAAAAAUGCCAUAAAGUAUACUAUAGUGCUCUUCACUAGAGGAGAUGAUCUGGAGGACAAGCCCAUUGAACAGUUCUUGGGAAAGCCUGGAUCUUUUCUCAUGAACCUCAUUGAACAAUGUGGUAAUAGAUACCAUGUGCUCAACAACAAGGAGACCAAAGACCACACUCAGGUUUCUGCUCUCCUGAAUAAAAUUGACAACAUGGUGGCAGUGAACGGAGGAGGUUAUUACACUAGUAGGAUGUUCCAGGAGAUGGAGAAGGCUCUCCAAGAAGAGAGAGAGAGGAAGAUGAAAGAGAGAGAGGAGGAGUUGAUCAGAGAAAAGGAGGACAUGAGAAAGGAAAAAGAAGAGCUCAAGGCCAAGUAUAAAGCAAAGAUGGAGAGAAUGAAGCAGACAGUGGAGGAUAAAAGGCAGAAUGCUGACAAAGAGAGAAAGAGAAUAGAAGAAGAGAACAUCGCCCACUGGAGCGACCUGAUCACUGACUCCACAAUGAGCAUCCUAGUGAGAGCCCGGACAUAA